GAGAGUACGCUGUGUAAUCGCUACAAGCAAAACUGCUGUCUUUUCAAGAGGAUGUAUAGCAUCUCUCCAGCGGUGGACAUGGCGUCAUCCGAGUGAGGAAACAGCCUUGCGCACACUGGAACGAACCAUUCCCGUCUCUGAUAGUGAGAGAGCGAGAGAGCGAGGAGAGAAAGAAAGAAGCGAGAGGGGGAGGAGUGAGGGUAGCACCGGGUUCGCUGUGAGCCAUGUUGGAUGUGAAUGAGAGAUGCUGCGCUCGUGCCGCUGCUAGCCGGAGCUCUACCAAACACCGAGAGUAGAUGCGAGCUUCCCGGGAUCACCGAGCGACCGGGGAGCACGGCGGAAGGAGUCGGGCGGUGGUGGAUGAGCUGGCCACUUAGCCGGCGUUUGGAGAGAGAAAGAGAGACACUUCGGUUAAGAGAGAGGGGAGAAAGGGGGGAGAGAAGAAAGGAUUUCACCAGACUAAUGGCUGCACUGCUACUGGACUUGGGCUCGCUUUCGCCGCUGUUGUUUCUCCUUCUCCUCAGCUCUUUGUUCACUGUUAUCCCGGGGAGUGCAGCAGGGCCGUUCUGCCGCUCCCUGUGCACCCACCCAGCCCCCGGAGACGCUCAAAUCACCAGCCUGCCCGACGAAACGCUAACGGGGGCUUUGGCUGGGGGCGACUGGAAGAUCCACCCAGCACGGACGGAACGGUCGCGUGGACGGGGAUCGCAAUGCUUACGGUCCUGUGCACUGGGAACCCCCUCAGGUCCGGAUUACCGGAAUUCUAGUGCAUGGAUAUCAGAACCGGCGGCGCACACCGGACGCUGUCAUCAACAGCCUGUUUGGAGUAACGGUGGCAGUGGAGAGAAGGGCGUUGUUUCUCGUGUUCUCGCCUCUCCGGUUCAGUAUGGCAAAAAGAGGACUAUACAAAGGACUAGAACGCGCUCGGGGCCACAGACGCGCCUCCGCACGGACAGGGUCAUUGCACAAAGCGUGCUGGAUAACUGUAGAACCGUGGAUAGCAAACCCAGGCCUAACCACUGGCCAUGUCACCCAGAACGGGAGUUUGCCGCUGCCAAGACACCAACUCGGCCGUUAUUAAAAGCCUAUUCUUAUUCUAAUGUGGUUUCGGACGCCAAUAAAUUGUACAAAGCGAGAGCGGACCGUCCCCUUUCAGGCCCCCUGAAUGUUAUCGAUCUCACCAGAGAGAGCUGGAUCGGGUCAGGCAUUAGGAAUACCCGCGGGUGCUCGGAACCGUGCGAGUGGCAGCUCUCUCUAGGGCUUGGAAGCGAAGCAAGCAGCUGUCUCGAGUCACACCGGAUCACAGGUUGUUCUGAAAGGUAUCCAGACUGGCACAGCAGUAACUGGCACCGGUUCAACACCUCUCUGAGGCGCUACGCUGUCUGUGGAAGGCAAGCCAGAGAAAAUACAAACACAUUUUCAGAUAACAACUCAAAAGUAGAAUUUGUGCAUGCAAAAUCUGAUCGGAAUAGUUCGCAGAAGUCUUCUUGUGCAUUCAAACGCACUGCCUGGGUCAGGACGGGGACUCGCUUUGAUGACGGAAAGGCUCAUUAUAGUGGAUCAACUGGAAUCAGCGCUGCUCAGUUGCAUAUCGGCGAUGUACACAACUCUGACUCAUCUGCUACUGGCUCUCCCAGGGGUCAUAAUGCAUCACAUAUCUACCUCUUAGUCGAGCUUAACUUUCCUAAAGGUUUUCGUGAGUCACACAUUCACACACGAGGCACGCAAGAAGAUUCAGCACCCGCUCAGUGGACAGCGCCAAUCUCCGUGCAUGAGUUCCCUUACUCGAGUGACUUUCCUGAAAGUUUGUUGCUGAGGAAUCGGAACAGUAACAAUAACAACAACUGCGCCAAAAAUCCUAAUAAUAACCUCCACCACAACAACAACAGCAGCCCUGGCGAUCAAAAUACAAAUGAAACCCAAAAUGUUUCUGACAGUGAAGAGCGCGACUUUAUAAGAGAGCAAAGCUCACGUUAUCCCUGCUCCAGUGCGCAUGCAGAGUGUGGCGACUAUGACAGCUUAACCGCCGAUGGGGGAGCCACGCGGCCGCAAUUAAAAUCCGGUAAACGGGUGUCAUUACAAGCUGAGGGUGUCAGUCAGCAAGAGGAGCAGCUGGAAGCCGCGACUGAGUGCGGUAGGAGGGAGGGACAAAUAGAGGGCGGGGUGCAAGGGGAGGGAAAGGGGGAGGGUGAUAGACAGCCUUUAGAGGGAGAAAGGGAGGAAAGCAUGGAGUGGGUGAUUGCAGAAGACACAAAGGAAGAGGCAGUGUUAGAAGAGACAAAUUUGCUGAGUGAAAAAGAAAAAGGCCAAGGCAAUGGCACCUCUCAGUCAGACGGAGAAAGCGAUGAAAACAAAGAGGGAACGUGGACUGAACAAAAUGAGCUUCAACGUAGUCUAGAUGGGGUGGGAAACACACAAAAAGCAAAAGAAGAGCAAGAGUACAACGAAGAGCAGACAGGUGUCCCUCCUGUUGGGCGCUCCCGCAGAGCUGCUAAUAGGCAGCCCCAUUUCCCCCAGUAUAACUACCAGGUUCAGGUUGCUGAGAACCAGCCUCCUGGUACCUCAGUCAUAGCUAUGACAGCUGAGGACCCUGAUGCCAGUGAGGCAGGCCGACUCAGUUACAGCAUGGCCCCUUUAAUGAACAGCAGGUCCACGGAUUACUUUCAAAUCGACCCAAUUACUGGCCUUCUCACCACCACACACAUUCUGGACCGAGAACACAUGGACCUGCACUACUUCCGAGUUACUGCCACAGACCACGGCUCACCACGCCUUUCUGGAACAACUAUGGUGACCAUCACUGUGGCUGAUCGUAACGAUCACUCUCCUGUGUUUGAGCAAACCGAGUACCGCGAGACCAUUCGAGAAAAUGUAGAAGAGGGCUAUCCUAUCCUGCAGCUGCGUGCAACCGAUCUCGACUCACCUGCGAAUGCUAACAUUCGCUACAGAUUUAUUGGAGAAGGUGCAGCUGUUGCACGCGCUGCGUUUGAGAUCGAUCCACGGUCAGGGUUGAUCACAACACGAGGCAUUGUUGACAGAGAAGCAAAUGAACGUUAUACCUUGUUGGUGGAAGCAAGCGACCAGGGUAGAGAGCCGGGGCCACGGUCGGCUACCGUUAGUGUCCAUAUCACUGUGUUGGAUGAGAACGACAACGUUCCACAAUUCAGUCAAAAGCGAUAUGUGGUUGCAGUUCGAGAAGAUGUCCGACCACAUUCUGAAAUCCUCAGAGUCAGCGCCUCGGAUCAGGAUAAAGAUGGGAAUGCUGCUGUGCACUACAACAUAAUCAGCGGGAACAGCCGAGGACAGUUUGCGAUUGACAGCGUUACUGGAGAAAUCCAAGUGGUUGCACCACUGGACUUUGAAACAGAACGGGAGUACACGCUACGACUGCGGGCUCAAGACAAUGGCCGCCCUCCUCUUUCCAACAACACUGGAAUUGUAAGUGUGCAAGUUACUGAUGUCAAUGAUAAUCCACCAAUCUUUGUCUCCACACCUUUCCAGGCUACAGUGCUGGAGAGCGCUCCAAUCGGUCACUCCAUUCUACACAUACAAGCUAUUGAUACAGAUAACGGCGAUAAUGCACGCCUAGAAUACCGUUUAACGGGAACCGGCACGGAUACACCAUUUGUUAUCAAUGCUGCCACUGGUUGGGUCACGGUGAGCUCAGAACUUGACCGUGAAUCGGUAGAGCACUACUUCUUUGGUGUUGAAGCUCGAGAUUACGGUGCCCCACCUCUUUCCGCCACAGCUAGUGUUACGAUCACCGUAAUGGAUGUUAAUGAUAACCGACCAGAGUUUCUACAAAAAGAGUAUUACGUCAGACUUAAUGAAGAUGCGGCUGUUGGAACAAGCGUGGUCAGCGUAACCGCAGUUGACCGUGAUGUAAAUAGCGCUGUCACGUAUCAGAUCACAGGUGGAAACACACGUAAUCGCUUUGCCAUUAGCACAGCCGGUGGUGCAGGACUUGUCUCUCUAGCACUGCCUUUGGAUUACAAACAGGAGCGUCGCUAUGUGUUAACAAUCACUGCCUCUGACAGAACUCUCCAUGACACCUGUCAGGUGCACAUCAAUAUUACAGAUGCCAACACACACCGCCCUGUGUUCCAAAGUGCUCAUUAUUCAGUAAGUGUGAAUGAAGACCGGCCUCCUGGCAGCACUGUGGUGGUCAUAAGCGCAACAGAUGAUGAUGUUGGAGAAAACGCCCGCAUCACGUACUACCUGGAGGACAACAUUCCACAGUUCCGUAUCGAUCCUGCAAGCGGAGCGAUCACACUUCAAGCUGAGCUUGACUACGAAGACCAAAUGACUUACACGCUUGCCAUCACUGCACGUGACAAUGGAAUCCCUCAGAAAUCUGACACCACUUAUGUGGAGGUCAACGUUAAUGAUGUAAAUGACAACGCACCUCAGUUUCUGAGCCCCAGAUAUCAGGGUGGAGUCAGUGAGGAUGCUCCACCUUUCACUAGUGUCUUACAAAUCUCCGCUACUGACCGUGAUGCUCACGCCAAUGGCCGUGUCCAGUAUACCUUCCAGAAUGGAGAGGACGGUGAUGGUGAUUUCACCAUAGAGCCAACCUCUGGAAUAGUCCGGACCGUCAGGAGGCUUGACCGCGAAAGUGUUCCCUUCUACGAGCUGACUGCAUUCGCCGUGGAUCGCGGUGUUCCGCCUCAGCGUACACCUGUGCACAUUCAAGUCAGUGUCAUGGAUGUCAAUGACAAUGCUCCAGUGUUUCCAGCUGAUGAUUUUGAGGUUCUAGUGAAGGAGAAUAGUGCCGUCGGGUCCGUCGUAGCUCAAAUUACAGCGACUGAUCCAGAUGAGGGCCCAAAUGCUCAGAUUAUGUAUCAGAUUGUGGAAGGAAACAUUCCAGAGAUCUUCCAAAUGGACAUUUUUUCAGGAGAACUCACUUCUUUAAUUGACCUUGAUUAUGAAACACGGAAUGAGUACGUAAUUGUUGUCCAGGCCACAUCAGCACCACUAGUCAGCCGUGCCACAGUGCGCAUCAAACUGGUUGACCAGAAUGACAAUGGGCCCCAAAUGCAAGACUUUCAAAUCAUCUUUAACAACUUUGUAUCUAAUCGAUCCAACACCUUCCCAAGUGGGGUUAUUGGACGAGUUCCAGCUCACGACCCAGAUGUUUCGGAUCGUCUCUACUACACCAUAGACCGCGGGAAUGAGCUGCACCUGCUGUUGUUGAACCACACGAGUGGGGAAAUCCGGCUCAGCCGGAAACUGGACAACAACCGACCACUGGUGGCCCCGAUGGUGGUCACCGUCACUGAUGGCAUUCACAGCAUCAGCGCUCAGUGUGUGUUGCGGGUUCUCAUCAUUACGGAGGAGAUGCUCAGCAGCAGCAUCACUGUGCGACUCCAGAACAUGUCCCAGGAGCACUUCCUGUCCCCGCUGCUCACCCACUUCCUGGAAGGGGUGUCAGCAGUGCUUUCAGUCUCUCCUGAUGAUGUGUUUGUGUUCAACGUGCAGCCGGAUGCAGAUGCAGGAAAGGUGCUCAACGUUAGUUUCUCCGCUGCAUUGCCGGGAGGACAGUUUUUCCCAUCGGAGGCUCUGGAGGAGCAGCUGUACCUCAACAGACCUAGACUCAACGCCCUCGCACAUAUGGAGGUUCUCCCGUUUGAUGAUAACGUGUGUUUACGUGAGCCAUGUCAGAACUACAUGAAGUGCAUCAGCGUUCUCCGCUUCAACAGCUCCGCUCCCUUUAUCGCCUCCCCAUCCACACUGUUCCGGCCCAUCCAUCCCAUCACGGGGCUACGCUGCCGCUGCCCUGCCGGAUUUACAGGAGAUUACUGCGAGAUUGAAAUAAACCUGUGUUACUCAAACCCCUGCAUGAACGGAGGAGUGUGCGCUCGCAGAGAGGGAGGCUACACCUGCAUCUGCCGGGAGGAUUAUACAGGCGAGCGUUGUGAGUUCGACCGGCGUGGUGGCCGGUGUGUGGCAGGCGUUUGUCGUAAUGGCGGUACAUGUCGUGAACUCUCUGGAGGGGGAUUCAGGUGUGAGUGUCCUGCAGGAGGUUAUGAGAAGCCAUAUUGCUCUGUCACUACCAGAUCCUUCCCGCCAAAAUCAUUCAUGAUGUUCCGAGGGCUCCGUCAACGAUUCCACCUCUCCAUCUCACUGUCGUUUGCCACAUUGGAAAGUAAUGGUUUGCUCUUCUACAAUGGUCGGUUUAAUGAGAAGCACGACUUCCUUGCUUUGGAGAUACUGGAUGGACAAAUGGUUCUAAAAUACUCCACAGGGGAGUCGUCUACUCAGGUGAGUCCAUACCUGCCUGGCGGAGUGAGUGAUGGCAACUGGCAUACCGUUCACAUCCAUUACUACAACAAGCCAAAGCGCAGUGUAAGCGGAGACGUUCAGGGUCCGUCCGAUGAGAAGGUUGCUGUCUUGAGUGUAGAUGACUGUGACACAGCAGUUUCUCUGAGGUUUGGCGCUCAACUUGGCAACUACAGCUGUGCUGCACAGGGAAGACAGACCAGCAGCAAAAAGUCUUUGGAUCUGACAGGCCCAUUGUUUUUGGGUGGAGUUCCUAACCUGCCUGAGAAUUUCCCAUUUAGCACAAGAGAAUUUAUUGGCUGCAUGAAAGAUCUGCAUAUUGAUAACAGACCAGUGGACAUGGCAGGAUUCAUCGCUAAUAACGGCACUUUACCUGGUUGCAGUGCCAAACUGCCUUUCUGUAAAUCAAACCCGUGCCAGAAUGGCGGCACAUGUAGGGUGAGCUGGGAAACGUACUCCUGUGACUGCCCUGUUGGAUUUGGAGGGAAGGACUGCAACCUAGUGAUGUCCCAUCCCCAUCGUUUCCUUGGAAACAGUGCGCUGUGGUGGGAUCUAAAGAAUGAAGUCACCAUCACUACACCCUGGUACAUGGGGCUGGUGUUCCGCACCAGAUCAAAAGAGGGAGUUCUCCUGCAGGCUCAAGCUGGACAAAACACCAACUUGAUUUUUCAGGUGGUUUCGGGUCAGUUGGUGUUUUCUGUAGCACGGGGUCCGGUUCGGCCGGUCAGGUUGAGACUGGAUCAGGUUCAGGUUUGUGAUGGACGCUGGCACGACCUACAGCUCGAGCUCCGCGAUGUCAGAAGUGGCAGAGAGACUCGAUAUAUUGCUACAGUCCGACUGGACUUUGGACUGUAUCAGGGAACAGUCAUUGUUGGGAAUGAGAUUAAUGGUGUAAAAGUGAAGCAUCUGCAUGUAGGUGGAGUUUUAGGAUCAGGAGAGGUGCAAAAUGGAAUACGUGGCUGCAUUCAGGGGGUGCGUCUGGGGGUGCGUCCUGAUUCCCCUGCUUUGCCCCGCCCUUCCAGAACCAUCAAGGUGGAGACUGGCUGUAAUGUUGUCAACCCGUGUAGCCCCUCCUCUUGUCCCGCCCACAGCCAGUGCACCGACGAAUGGGAUCGACACACUUGUGUUUGUGAACCAGGAUUCUAUGGUAAAAGCUGUAUGGAUGCAUGUCAGCUGAACCCAUGUGAGAAUCAAGCAAAGUGUCACAGGAAGCCCAGCUCCUCACAUGGAUAUAUCUGUGACUGUGAGGACAAUCACUAUGGACAGUACUGCCAACACAGGGUCGAGCAGCAAUGUCCGCGGGGCUGGUGGGGCAGCCCGACAUGUGGACCCUGCCACUGUGAAGCCAGUAAAGGAUUUGACACCGACUGCAAUAAGACCACUGGACACUGCCAUUGCAAGGAGUUUCAUUACCGACGGAGGAGCAGUGAUGUCUGCCUGCCAUGUGAUUGCUACCCAGUGGGCUCCUUCUCAAGGUCAUGUGACCCUGAGAGCGGCCAGUGCCAGUGCCGACCCGGAGUGAUUGGCAGACAGUGUAACAUGUGUGACAAUCCCUUUGCUGAGGUCACACAAACAGGCUGUGAAGUAAUCUAUGAUGGUUGUCCGAAGACCAUAACAUCAGCAAUCUGGUGGCCUAGAACAAAGUUCAACCUGCCUGCUGCUGUCCCCUGUCCCAAAGGAUCAGUAGGAACUGCGAUUCGGCACUGUGAUGGAGAGAGAGGAUGGCUGGACCCUGAUCUGUACAACUGCACCUCUCCUCCUUUUGUGGAGCUAAACACAGCUCUGGAGGCGUUAGAGAGAAAUGAGACUGAACUCAGCACCAUCAUAGAGAAAAAACUGGCCCAUCAGCUGCGUGAUGUCACAGAGGCAACAACUCGUCUCUAUGGCAAUGACCUUCAGAUAGCCGAGCGGCUGCUGUCUCGCCUCCUGACCUUUGAGAGCCUCCAGUCAGGCUUCGGUUUGACAGCUACUCAAGAUGCACAUUUCAAUGAGAAUGUGUUGCGAGGCUGUAGUGUUUUGUUGGGUCCGGGGAGCGCCGCGUUGUGGAGGGGUCAAAGUUCAGGUCAGACCGGAGCGGCGGGAUUGGCCGAUCUGUUGGAGCAGUAUGCCCGCAUACUCGCCCAGAACAUGAAACAGACCUACCUCAAUCCUGUGGCACUCGUUGCCCCAAAUAUCGUCAUGACUCUGGAUCGUGUUGAUAACCACACACAUGUGCGGCGACGGUUUCCACGCUAUCACAGUACUCUGUUCCGAGGUCAAGUGCUUUGGGACGCUCACACACAUGUUGUACUGCCCCCUACUGCACUAGUGCCACAGCGCAACUUCAUUUCAGCUCCGUCUCCUGCUGGCCCUGUGAACAUGUUGGCCAAUCAGACGUUAGAAGCAACAGCAGCGCGGCGUUCUUUGUCACUGCAAGAGGCACCUGUCUCCUUUGUCAUCCUCUUCAUUUAUCGAAGCCUGGGGGCCGCACUUCCCCCUAAAUACCACACAGACCGUCGUGGCGUCAGGUUACCGAGACACCCUGUGCUGAACUCGCCUGUAGUGAGUGUUUCUGUGUACAAUAAUCAGACAUUCGUGGAAGGGUUUCUGGACACGCCGGUCCUGCUGGAGUUUCGUCUUCUGGAGACCAGCAACCGCAGCAAACCACUGUGUGUGCAAUGGAAUCACAGCAGCCCUGUUUCAGCAGGAGGCUGCUGGACUGUGAGGGACUGUAGUGUGGUCUAUAGGAACACAUCACAUGUUCGCUGUCAGUGCCACAGACUGGGAACAUUUGGAGUUCUUAUGGACAGCUCACAGAGAGAGCAGUUAGAGGGUGACCUGGAGACCCUCGCCAUAGUAACGUACUCCUCGCUCUCAGUUUCCAUGGCGGCAUUGUUGCUAACAGUGGUGGUUUUAUCGUGCCUGAGGGGACUGAAAUCAAACACGCGCAGCAUUCAUUCCAACAUGGCUGCCGCUACUCUCCUCUCCCACCUCACAUACCUGCUGGGCAUCAACCAAACGGAACAACAGUUCCUGUGCACGGUGGUUGCGAUUCUGCUGCAUUACUUCUUCAUGUCGGCAUUUGCGUGGCUGUUUGUGGAAGCUCUUCAUAUUUACCGUAUGCAAACAGAAGCAAGAAACAUCAACUAUGGAGCCAUGAGAUUCUACUAUGCUAUUGGCUGGGGAGUCCCUGCUAUUAUUACAGGGCUGGCAGUCGGGUUGGAUCCAGAGGGGUACGGCAACCCAGAUUUUUGCUGGAUCUCCAUGUAUGAUAAGCUCAUGUGGAGCUUUGCUGGACCAGUUAGCGUCGUCGUACUGAUGAAUGGUGGGAUGUUUUUGAUGGUCCUGCGUAUGACAUGUAACCCCACUCAGAAGGAGAUAAAGAAGCUGCCCGUGAUUUCUACUAUCCGCAGUGCCUUCCUCCUAUUAUUAUUGAGUACAUGUGUUUGGUUGUUUGGUCUUAUGGCUGUUAAUAACAGUGUCCUGGCAUUCCACUACCUGUUUAUUGUCCUCUGUUGCGUACAGGGAUUGGCUGUACUGUUGGUUUUUACUCUCCUGAACUCUGAGGUGCAGGAGGCCUAUAAACUGGCAUGUCUGGGCAAGAAAAGCCCCAGUGAAGAACCUCCCAGACCUCCACAGAUCACUGGCCAAAACCCGUACAACAGCGCCUCCCUGCUGGAGCAGAGCGGAUUACAUCGGAUCACACUCGGUACUUCAACCAUUUCAUCGGUCAGCAGUGCCAGGGAAAAUCUCUUGGCACGGCAGACUCUAGAACACACGCUUGGUCACACAGGGGCCACUGACCUGGACGUGGCAAUGUUUCACCGCAACGGAGGUGAGGACUCAGACUCAGACUCUGAUCUCUCACUGGAAGAGGAGAGGAGUUUGUCUAUCCCUUCAUCAGAGAGCGAGGACAACGUGCGCCUGCGUGGACGCAUCCAGCGACGCUUCAAACGGACCGGUCAUGGUGAACGUUUACUCACAGAACCCAGCCACAACGGUGGAAAAGAUCUGGAUGGCAAUGACCUGCUCUCCUAUUGGCCAGCGCUGGAAGGCUGCGAGGCACACUCACUGCAGAAAUGGGGCUCAGAGCGCCGCCUAGGGGGUGACUACAGCAAGGACGCAGCUAAUAACAACCAGCCAGACGCAGCGCUGACCAGCGGAGAUGAGAACGGACUCACACACAGACACCGCAAGGGAAUCCUGAAGAAUCGUCUGGGCUGCCCUCCUGCUCUGCAGGGCCUGUCUGCCGUAGGGCGCGCUCCAAGCGAGAUGUCUUGGUACAGGACGUCCACGUUGGGUCAUCGAGGCGUCCCAGCCGCGUCCUACGGUCGUAUGUACUCCGGUACUGGCUCACUGUCCCAACCCGCUUCCCGAUACUCUUCCCGCGAACACCUGGAUUCCCUUGCGCGACGACAGCGUUCACGUGACAACCUCGACCUGUUGCCAAGACGUCGCGAGCUUGGUGCCGAACACCUGGGUGGGUCGAGAGAGAGGCUUGGCCCUGUUCACAGCAUCCAUGCCUCCAGGGAAGAUUUGGUGGGAAGGGGUGGCAUAGUGGGUUUAAUGGGAGCAGAGGGAUCAUUAAGCGGUUCGAGAACGCAGCUUAACACUCUAACAAGGCAACAGGCCUCUCGGGAGCACCUCGGAGGGGCUCUAAUGAGCAGUCGGUCCAGGGAGCAGUUGGAAUCUAACGGCGCGCAGCCCUGCAGGGAGUGGCUGAGAACCCUGCCACCCCGACAGCUCUCACAUCCUGAGCCACACCCACCCUCCUCACCCCCUCCACCAAUCACAGAGGAACCCCAGGAAACCCUUCCCUCUCGGCGUGGCCGCCUAGACUCCGCCCCCCCAUGUAGGUACCCACCAUCUGCAGCUGCACCAGGAGCUCCGUCCAGUCGCCCGCCCUCUAGUGAACACCUGGAUAUCCUCUCCUCCAUACUCGCCUCCUUCAGCUCCUCUGUCUUAACCCCGCCCCCUAACCCUGUCUCUGCCUCAGCAGGCCCCUCCCCUUCCCCGCCUCCUCUCUCUGCAACCUCUCAGAGCGUCUCUGAAGUGUCACCUGACUCUGAAGUUAACAGAACUGAUGGACAAUCUUGAUGAUUCCUUCGCAGCCCCAUAAUGCACCUCUGCAGAUGGGCUCAAGAAUCACAGGACAUAGCCAACCGGAGCAAUCAGGACUCCUGUGUAGGACAUAAGAGUGAAGAUGUUCAUCAAGGGCUUGAGAUAUCACCCUCCUGAGAACAGACAGGAAAUCAAACCAGAGAAGGUGAUGAUUUCUACGAUUUUCAUGUAUCCAAACUACAAACCUCAGAUUUCAGACCAACAGCUGAGACGACUGCUCAGAGACACAGAGAGAGCGAGAGAGAGAAAAAACUGUACAGAACAUUUUUAUACGUUUUGUAUCUUUUUCAUCAAAGAUCAAAGAAAAAUCUCUAGUGAUGUUUUUGAAGAUUGUGUGGAUAUGUGUUUAAGUGGGUAGGAUCGAAAAUCAUUCUCAAACCCAUUCCGAGCCAAAACAGUCCCAAACAACAUUCCCACUCCAGUCUUUCCAUUCCAACCUGUAUUUAUGCAACAAGCCACGCCCACUGAUAGACAAGAGGGAGUCUAUGAAGAACAGGAUUGGUCCGUGUAAAUGCAAAACUUAUUGGCCCAAGCAUGGGAUUGGUGGGAAACUCCAGAGACAGUGAUUGUAAUUAUGUUUGGACCGUAAUGAUUGUCAAUCAAUGGAUUGUUUUCAGACAAGUGACUUGAUUGGAAGACUUUAGGUUGGUCUAAACACAUUUCUUCAACAAACUCCAACAAACUAAUGCUUGAAUGAGAUGCCUGAGUAUUUUUGGCCAAACUGCUCUAAAAUAAUAUUGAAGCAUGUGUUGAAGUUUGUUGCAGCUUUGUCAAGAGGCCUUUUAUUCAUUUGUGACUAGCCUACAAGCAUAUUCAAGACUUCGUAGCAUAAUUAAUAUCCAGGCUUAUCAUAAUCCAUAAGAUCCAAAUCAGCUAUUCAGGAGGAAAUAUUUAAUCCAUCUUUGAUUUCUUUUCUAACAAAGAGCGCAUAUCUAAAUAUCAGUCAUUAUUGUCUCUGUGGAGUAUUAAAUAAUCUUAGUGCUUCAGAGGAAGGAGCUAAAUACGGUCAUUGAGGUAAGCUCAUCUUAAAAUAUCAAGCUCCAGUUUAAAAGGGAAAUCAUGCUUCAUCAUAUGCUUCAUCAUAUGACUUUAUCUCUUUAGUCAUUUGCAGUAUUACCAUGAAUUUUGCCAAAAAGAGUGCCCUACGUCCUUCCUUUUAUACCUCUUACCUGUCAUAAAGUGCUCCAGUACUUUUUCUAUUCAUGCUUUUAUAGUUUAUUGCAUAACUUUAUCUUGUACAGACAUUAAAUUAAUUUAUUUUAUUUAUUAAUAUUUAUUCAAAUUCAUUUCUCUAUCAUAAUCAGUGCUGGACUGUUUCUAUAGAGCGUAUGCGAGUUUUUUGUUUUGAUUUAUUUAUUUAUUUAUUUUUUUUAUAAGAGCGAGAUUUCAUCUGUUUCAAAUGCUUUAUGUGUGAAACUUUUGUACAUGUACUGUCUGAUAAGUCCCCUUCUCUUCUGUUCACAAUACAUUCUGGGAAAAAGAAAUGUCCUCUGUCCAUCAGAGAGAGACAGCGGUGGAAGACAAUGAUUGGGUGGGAG